AUGGGUAAUUUAAUAAUUACAACAUUUAAAGGACUAUUCCUUGUAUUAUAUAUUGUAUUUAUAUUUUCAUGUAUUGCAUUAAGUGAUGCAAUUAUGAUGAUUAGUAUACCUGUAUUAUUGGUAUCAAGAAGUUAUUUUAGAAAGAUUACAAACGCAAUUGCACAUUUCGGAUGGCCAUUAAUUACAUUAGCAUUUGAAACAUUAGGUAGAAAUAAACUUGUUUUCACAGGUGAUUCAAUUAAAGAUUAUCAAAAUUUUGAUAACAAUCAAAAGAAAGUUUUAGGUAAAGAUCGUAAUGCAUUGGUAUUGAUUAAUCAUACAUAUCAUUGUGAUUGGUUAUUAUCAUUCAGUUUGGGUGAAAGAAGUGGCAGAAUUGGGAAUAUCAAAAUAGCAAUGAAGGAUAUAAUCAAGUAUGUCCCCUUUGCAGGUAUUGGCAUCUGGGCAAUGGGUUUCAUAUUCCUAUCGAGAAAAUGGCAAAACGACCAACCCAAGAUCAAUAAAGCCUACGAACACCUUCGUAAAGAUGGCGAACCAUUUUGGUUCGUUACCCAUCCAGAAGGUAGCAGAGUGAGUGAAAAGAAUUUAAAAGAGUCUCAAGAAUUCUCAAGGUCUCGUGGUUUACCAAUUUUGGAGAAUCUUUUAAUCCCACGUGUCAAAGGCUUCACCUCAUCAGUGGUUGCAUUACAUGACCAAAUCGAUGCAGUCUACGACCUAACGGUGGCAUAUAAAAAGAAGCCUGGAAAUAUCUUUAGACUAUUAUACGGUGCCAAUCCAACUGAAAUUCAUGUUCAUGUGCGUAGAUUCCCAAUUUCGUCAAUACCAGUUAACGAUAUCAAAGGUGUUGAACAAUGGUUAUAUAAAACUUAUCAAGAAAAAGAUAGACUAUUAAAAUCAUUCAAAGAGAAUGGUUAUUUCUCUGAUGGUAAAUUUUUAGAUCAACCAUUUAAACCUCAAAAAUAUUUAAAGAAUUUAUUUGUUUGGAUAAUUAGUUUAUUAAUUUUUUUUACAAUUUUAAUAAAUUUAUAUUUUAAAAAAUAA